AUGCGCGUUCGCGGAGCUGUCAAAGCAGCCACAGUUUCUCCCGGGGUCAGAGUACCACUCUGCUCCUCCUGCUCCUCCUGCUCAGACGGAGGACCAGAGGAGGAGGACCAGAGGAGGAGGACCAGAGGAGGAGGACCAGAGCAGGAGGACCAGAGCAGGAGGACCAGAGGAGGAGGACCAGAGGAGGAGAACCAGAGGAGGAGGACCAGAGCAGGAGGACCAGAGCGGGAGGACCAGAGGAGGGGGACCAGAGGAGGAGGACCAGAGCAGGAGGACCAGAGCAGGAGGACCAGAGCAGGAGGACCAGAGGAGGAGGACCAGAGGAGGAGAACCAGAGGAGGAGGACCAGAGCGGGAGGACCAGAGCGGGAGGACCAGAGGAGGGGGACCAGAGGAGGAGGACCAGAGCAGGAGGACCAGAGCAGGAGGACCAGAGGAGGAGGACCAGAGCAGCAGGACCAGAGCAGGAGGACCAGAGCAGCAGGACCAGAGCAGCAGGACCAGAGCAGGAGGACCAGAGCAGGAGGACCAGAGCAGGAGGACCAGAGCAGGAGGACCAGAGCAGGAGGACCAGAGCAGGAGGACCAGAGCAGGAGGACCAGAGCAGCAGGACCAGAGCAGGAGGACCAGAGCAGCAGGACCAGAGCAGCAGGACCAGAGCAGGAGGACCAGAGCAGGAGGACCAGAGCAGCAGGACCAGAGCAGGAGGACCAGAGCAGGAGGACCAGAGCAGGAGGACCAGAGCAGCAGGACCAGAGCAGGAGGACCAGAGCAGGAGGACCAGAGCAGGAGGACCAGAGCAGGAGGACCAGAGCAGGAGGACCAGAGGAGGAGGACCAGAGGAGGAGAACCAGAGGAGGAGGACCAGAGCAGGAGGACCAGAGCGGGAGGACCAGAGGAGGGGGACCAGAGGAGGAGGACCAGAGCAGGAGGACCAGAGCAGGAGGACCAGAGCAGGAGGACCAGAGGAGGAGGACCAGAGCAGGAGGACCAGAGCAGGAGGACCAGAGCAGGAGGACCAGAGCAGGAGGACCAGAGCAGGAGGACCAGAGCGGAGGACCAGAGGGGGAGGACCAGAGGAGGAGGACCAGAGCAGGAGGACCAGAGCAGGAGGACCAGAGCAGGAGGACCAGAGCAGGAGGACCAGAGCAGCAGGACCAGAGCAGCAGGACCAGAGCAGGAGGACCAGAGCAGCAGGACCAGAGCAGGAGGACCAGAGCAGGAGGACCAGAGCAGGAGGACCAGAGCAGGAGGACCAGAGCAGGAGGACCAGAGCAGCAGGACCAGAGCAGGAGGACCAGAGCAGCAGGACCAGAGCAGCAGGACCAGAGCAGGAGGACCAGAGCAGGAGGACCAGAGCAGCAGGACCAGAGCAGGAGGACCAGAGCAGGAGGACCAGAGCAGGAGGACCAGAGCAGGAGGACCAGUGCAGCAGGACCAGAGCAGGAGGACCAGAGCAGGAGGACCAGAGCAGGAGGACCAGAGCAGGAGGACCAGAGCAGGAGGACCAGAGCAGCAGGACCAGAGCAGCAGGACCAGAGCAGGAGGACCAGAGCAGGAGGACCAGAGCAGGAGGACCAGAGCAGGAGGACCAGAGCAGCAGGACCAGAGCAGCAGGACCAGAGCAGGAGGACCAGAGCAGCAGGACCAGAGCAGGAGGACCAGAGCAGGAGGACCAGAGCAGCAGGACCAGAGCAGCAGGACCAGAGCAGGAGGACCAGAGCAGCAGGACCAGAGCAGGAGGACCAGAGCAGGAGGACCAGAACAGCAGGACCAGAGCAGCAGGACCAGAGCAGGAGGACCAGAGCAGGAGGACCAGAGCAGGAGGACCAGAGCAGCAGGACCAGAGCAGGAGGACCAGAGCAGGAGGACCAGAGCAGGAGGACCAGAGCAGGAGGACCAGAGCAGGAGGACCAGAGCAGGAGGACCAGAGCAGCAGGACCAGAGCAGGAGGACCAGAGCAGGAGGACCAGAGCAGGAGGACCAGAGCAGGAGGACCAGAGCAGCAGGACCAGAGCAGCAGGACCAGAGCAGGAGGACCAAAGCAGGAGGACCAGAGCAGGAGGACCAGAGCAGGAGGACCAGAGCAGGAGGACCAGAGCAGCAGGACCAGAGCAGCAGGACCAGAGCAGCAGGACCAGAGCAGGAGGACCAGAGCAGCAGGACCAGAGCAGAGGACCAGAGCAGGAGGACCAGAGCAGCAGGACCAGAGAGCAGCAGGACCAGAGCAGGAGGACCAGAGCAGGAGGACCAGAGCAGGAGGACCAGAGCAGGAGGACCAGAGCAGGAGGACCAGAGCAGCAGGACCAGAGCAGGAGGACCAGAGCAGCAGGACCAGAGCAGGAGGACCAGAGCAGGAGGACCAGAGCAGCAGGACCAGAGCAGGAGGACCAGAGCAGCAGGACCAGAGCAGGAGGACCAGAGCAGCAGGACCAGAGCAGGAGGACCAGAGCAGGAGGACCAGAGCAGCAGGACCAGAGCAGGAGGACCAGAGCAGGAGGACCAGAGCAGGAGGACCAACGCCCACAGCUCAGAAGUUAGAGAAAUGUUUUAA